AUGGGAGCAUGUGGAUCCGUGAUGCAGGAUGAAGCGCUCAAAGAACAAGCGAGAAUACAUAGACAAAUCGAAAAGUCGCUGGAGAAGAAAAAGUCGGCUUUGCUGGAGCAGUCCGUUUUGUUGAUUGGACCGGGGGAGAGUGGGAAGAGUACAGUACUAAAGCAGAUCAGGUCAGUUACAGUUUGUAGAGCAAUGUGUGGAGGAUACACCAAACAUGAACUCGAGGAAAAGAAAUUGCUCAUCUUGAGAAAUCUGUGGACCUUUUCUGAUAUGCUUCUUGAAUAUGUCAUCAAAAAUUAUUUAGACAUGAAUGAAACGGACAAGAAGAAGUACAAAGUGAUGAUUGAGGAGUUGAAAUUUUGUGUAAUGAGCGGAGGACAUAUGGGAGAUGAGCUCGCAGAAACUGUCAAAGUAUUCUGGUUAUGUGCUCCAAUUCAGGAAGCUUACGAGAAACGAAACACUUAUCACCUAACCGAGAGUGCUGGAUACUUCUUCGAGAACAUAGAUCGCAUCAAAAUGCCAGAUUUUCAACCAACUAAUCAAGAUAUCGUCCGAAUUCGUGUACCAACUACUGGAGUUGUGACGGCUGACGUCAUUUUGAAAAACAUUAAGUUAUCUGUGAUAGAUUGUGGUGGACAGCGACAGGAAAGAAGAAAGUGGUAUCACUAUUUCGAUGAUGUCCAUGCGGUUCUCUUUGUGGCAGCAAUCAGCGAAUAUGACCAAAAACUUGUCGAGGAUGAGAGUGUCAAUCGGAUGGAUGAAGCAUUGAACCUAUAUCAUAUUGUGUUCAAUGGAAAGUACUUCACCAAGGCGGCAUGCAUUUUGUUCCUCAAUAAGAUUGAUCUCUUCCGAGAGAAAGUUAAAUCAGUGAGCAUCAAAAAGUUCCAUCCGGGUUUUGAAGGUGCCAACACAGCUGAAGACGGAGCAAAGUACUUCCGCAGAAAGUUCAGGGAUGGAAUGCAUCCUGACUUCAAAAAGAGAUUGUACUGCCACGAGACUUGUGCAAUCUCGGAUCAAGUUCAAAUUAUCAUCAACACAGUCAUUGAUACAGUAGUGCAGGAGAACUUGAAGGACACUGGAAUGAUCUGA